AUGCUGCGUAGCUAUUCGCAAAAUGGGCCACGGACCUUGGGGUUGACAAGACGGUUUGGCUAUCGCGCCAAAGACCUACAGCUGCAUACUCGAAGAAUCCAUACCAGUAAUCCUCCGCCAUGGAGACCUGCUUCUUCUCUGGACGACUGGGUUGGAAAGGAAGCUCGACCGAUCAGCUUGAGACAGCUGAUGGUAUUUGGGCGCUCUUUGACUGAAGCUCGAUUGAUCAGCUCUGCGAAUUAUGUGCGGACAGAGCUGCCAACUAGAUUGGCACAUCGAAUCCGAGACAUGCAAACACUCCCCUACGUUGUAGUCACAAACCCCCACAUAAGCGCCGUCUACGAACUGUACUACAAAGCAUUCGAAAGUCUGCGGAGGGUACGAGAAAUCAAGACCUUAGAAGACAAUGAAAAGUUCUGCAAUAAGAUCGGCGAGACGUUAAAAGAGCAUUUGACCGUGAUUCCAAAGCUGGCAAUGGGCGUGCUAGAAUGCAGGGACUUGAUGAAGCCAGAAAACAUGGACAAAUUUAUGAACACAAUCCUACGCUCUAGAAUCUCCCGCCGUGUAAUAGCAGAACAGCACCUCGCCCUAACAGAAACCUUCAAUUCCCCCUGGCACUUCCCCGACGCCGAGAAGCCCUCCCUCACAGACGCUGAAUUCGUAGGCGAAGUGUUCCUCCGCUGCAACGCCUCCGAAGUGAUAACACGCAUUGGACACGAAGUAGCCUCCCUCGCAUCCCUAGCCUACGGCCCCUCCACCCCCCUCCCAGCCAUAAAACUAUCCGGGCACCUCGACGCAACAUUCCCAUACAUCCUAUCACAUCUAGAAUACAUCAUCGGCGAGUUACUCCGGAACAGCAUCCAAGCAACCGUAGAGCGGAAUCAUAAAAGAGAGGCAGUACCGCCCAUUGAAGUAACGGUCUGUGAGGCGCAACAACACGUUAUUAUCAGAGUCUCAGACCAAGGCGGUGGAAUCCCUCGCGACAUCCUCCCACACCUGUGGUCCUUUAGCAAAGGACCCCGAAAACACCAGCGGUUAGAAAACCUGAACCAAGUCCCCAAAAUGGCCGCCACACUGCAAGAACUCCGUGCUACCCCGUCCUCAAACUUUCCUCCACCUUCACCUCCAACUUUACCGCUAGAUGAAAAAAUGUCAAUGUGGCAGGAUAGCUCCUUGAGUAGUUUGAGUUCCAGGCCGCCGAAUCUGAGGCUAGGCAUGGGCUUGCCGUUGAGUAGGGUGUAUGCCGAGUAUUGGGCGGGCAGUCUGGAGUUACAUAGUUUAGAGGGGUACGGUGUUGAUGCGUUUUUGCAAAUUAGUAAGUUGGGGAAUAAGAAUGAGCAGCUUACUAUGCGGGCGAGUAUGGAUGCUGUAUGA